CCUCAGCCCGCGGGGGGGGGAAGGGGGGGGAUUUGCUGCUGAAGGAUGGCCGAGGCGCAGCCGCCCGGGGCCGGCGGAGCGGACGAGUCGGAGGCCGAGCUGUCCCAGAGCCUGGCCCGCACCAAGACCCGCUCGUACGGCAGCACGGCCAGUGUGUCGGCCCCGCUGGCCGAGAAAUACAUCCAGCACCCGGUCAGCCCCAACGACACCCUUCGAGGCCUCGCCCUGCGCUAUGGAGUCACGAUGGAGCAAAUAAAAAGGACAAAUAAACUCUUCACAAGUGAUUGCAUAUUCCUAAGGAAAACCCUUAUUAUUCCAGUCAUGUCUGAGAAAGGGUUACUAUUUAAUGGACUGAACUCAUUGGAAUCUCCUGAGAACGAAUCCAGGGAGACGUACGCUCUAAGUGAAGAAAGGCAGCUGAAUACGGAAGAAGAAAGCUCUACAUCUCCGAGUCCAGAAGGUCCUGACAACAGACCCAUUCACCCUGAGGAACUGUCUGCCAAAGACUUCUUGCAGAGGCUGGAUUUGCAGAUUAAACUGUCAACGCAAGCAGCCGCUAAGACAAUACAAGAGGAUGAUGUUGGAGCUGGUGAUACAGCGUACAAAGAUUAUCCCUAUGCAGGAUCCUCCUACCAGAGUCACCACUAAAUGCAGAACAGAAUCCAGACCUACAGAAUGGCUAAUGAUAACAAUGUUGUUCCAUAUAAGUUGUCGGAGGUGGAGACUUUGGCUUCUGAUGCACGAACUGUCACAUCUGUAGGUUUCUGGGGGAGGAGGAUUUGAAUUUCUUUUUGCUUAAAUCUAUGCGAAUGGAAUUGUAUACCCUGGCACAGCACUGGAAUACGGUAAAAGGGAAAGGCAAUAUUUUACCUUGAACAUCUUCAGUGUAAGUGUGAGCUGCUGUUAAUUUUGUGUUUCCUUGUGCUUCCUCUACCCCUCUUUUAUAUUACAAUAGCAAAGUUUCUGUUGGUUUGCAGUGUGUGCUUAUUUGCUGCAGUCUGGUCCACAGGAAUUACUCUUGUUGCUGGAUUGAAUUUAGGUGUAAAGCAAUUUCAAAUCUGUAGCCCGUUUUACAUCUUGCAUGCAUUGGCUGUUGUGCUUUCCAAUUGUCUGGCACAUGAGUGGGUCUGGGCAGAGAUAAGUGUAAUUGCUCUGAGACUGAGCUCUGCAGAAAUUAAUUAAAUUCUAUCUAAAUAUGACCUUAACUUAUGAUUUUGUGCAAAAUGAGACUGAAUGGAGAGUGCAUUUAGCUAAUUACCUAGAAGUCCUGUUUGCAUACUGAGUAGGUUUAUACAUAAUAACUGAGUUGAAGAAGCCAUUUGUUCAUAAUCUCCAAGUUAAAACCAAAGGUAAGACAGAGCAUUGCCUUUAGUUCUAAGCAAUAGUCUUAAUUUCAGAUGACGAUAGUGGAAUCACAGGACUUUAUUCUUUUUAAAAAGCAGAAUUACAUCAAUUAUAUGAAGCAGAACCCAAUGUGCUGGUAUGAAAGAGACAUUAAGCUGCAUUUAAGCAUUUGUUUUCGAGGUGGUCAAUUGCAGAAUGUCUAAAAAUGGCAAGUACUGUUUCAUCAAUACAGCUAGCUUACUGCUCUGCUAGGGUAUGCUGUGGGCAAAAUCAUAAAACCAAGUUGCCUUCAGUUAGAGAAUUGUGGUCAUCUUAAAUGUAGAGUUGGCUGGUUGAGUAAAUACAAUUUGAGUUAAACCCAUGGAGCAAUAUAAAACAGAUAGUCUAAACACUGCAGUUGCAAGAGCGAUAUGAUUUCACAUUGUCAGUUCACACCAUCAUUUCAGUAUUCAGUGAGUAAUGCAACUGUGGGCUGGAAUUCUACAAGGUGUUUGCUAUUUUUAAUCAUUCCAUUCUGUAAACCUGAAUGUGAACUGGUGUGGACUAAUCUCAACAUCUCCCCAGAUAAACAGACUUCCCACUCUGAUUCAUGAGUAAUAGUGUGCUGAGUCUCAGUCUUCCUUUUGUCUCCAUGCUCAUGUAUUGAUCUUUACUGCUAAAAAUUAGUUUCUUGAUCUGAUUGUGGAAAUAGUCUCCAUUGAAUGUGGGAGGAAAGAAGAGAGGACAAUUUUUUCUUCUUUCCUGUAUUAGCGACUUAGCUCUGAGACUAUAUCACAAAGUUGUGGGCAGAGCUUGGCACUAGGAGAAUGCAAUUUGUCGCUGCAGAAAAAAAAGAAUUGUGCAUUGGUCCUAUGUUUUAAUUAACCAGCUCCUUCAAACACCUGAGCACUAAAUCCUAGUGCUGAUACAUUAAUUUUUAAAUAAAGCCAUUUGGAUUGUGCAGCCAUAAAACUGAAACUAGCAAGGAUGACUAGUUUUGUACAUUCUGACUGGAUUGAAGAGGCCUAUUAAAUAGUGAAAGUCACACUGUCGUAAGCACUGCAAUAUCUGUUUGGAAUCUGAUUGUACCAGAGUACAGUUGUUUUCCUGGAGGAGAUUGUGGCAAUAUCCACCUAAGCUAUCCAGUGAAAUUAGCCAAAUAUUUAUGAUGGAUUACCCAGUGAUUCCAGAAUGUAUAUAGUUACACCUUUUAUUAGUGAUUUUAUGACCACAGUUCCCCCUUUAAAAGCUCAUCCACAUAAGCUUUUAUUACCACCUUGUUUUAUAAUUGAUAUGAUUUCUCUUUGCCUUAUUUACAAUGUACACCUAGCUAGCACUUGGUUUAUAAAAUAAUUUACUCAUGACCAUCAAAGAGGAGAAUAAAGUCAGUUUUUGCCUGCACCUUCCCAACUGUUGAAAUUCUGGGAUAGCACAGCUGCAUUUACAUCACUUGAGCAUUCAGACUGGUUGGCUAAUGUGGUACAAAGUCAGAGUCAAGGAAGUAAGAACCAGGUCUAAGAUAUGAGUACCAGACAGGAGGUAUCAGUGAAUGUGCCAGAUUUGCGGGCUUGACCUCAGUUUAUUUUGAGUGAUUUUCAAUGAUUAUAUUUAAGCACUGGUUGCUCAAGUUGGGUUGAUUGGAUAUUAGCAUAGGGGUUAAUGUUUAACAGUAAUCAAAUUCUGUAGAUUAUUCUCCAUAACAGUGCAAAUUCCCUAACCUGGAACUCGGAACUUUGACCCUGUAGUAGUUCAUUUACCUGUGAAAUGAUGACCAAGUUGACUGAAGAAAAUCCAAAAAGUAUAUUAUUUAAUCUAAUUGUGCUCUUAACUUCUUUCUAACCUAUCUGUACCCCCAACCCCCACAUUUUGUCCACUUCUAUUCUGGAAGUGCUGAUUUGUGUUGGGUUGGGUUUUCUUAGGCACUGAUAGGACCCCCCAUUACCUCAUCAGAAUGGCUAUUCUUAAAAUGAGAGCCUCAAAAGCAAGUAGUAUCAGGCUUUUCAAAUCAUAAGACACAUUCCAAGCUAGCCAUCCCAGCUGAAGUGAUAAUCUCUUCCUAUUUCACCAAAUGGUUUGUCUUCUAAAUGUAUAUUGUUUUUCAAAUUUUGAUUUGGAUGCUUCGAACUCCAAACAUUGCUUGAAAAGAUUGUAUGCAUAAUAGGUAUAAUUCUCUUAUCUGCUGUUCCUGGCUUUAUUUUCAGAGAAAAAUAGUUACUACAAUAUGUGCUAAUAAAAGGGAGAAACAUUUCAGCCUUGGCAGAUUUCAAACUAGGCAGCAGCUGCAAGUUGGAGGCACAAUAGGAAGUAGAUUUAGCAUAGGCAAUCUGCAGAGGGUGGUUGUCAUAAAACUGUGAACAAUUGCGUAGAUUUGCUAAGGUCCCUUCAUACCCAAUUUGUUUGCUGUGAUUGAUUGAUUGGUCUCUGAGUGGUGGAGCUGUUUGCUGUGCUCUUAUCUGCGUGAGAUUUUUAGUCACUGUUGAAUGCAGAGUGGGAGGCAUCACUCAGCAGUGACAAGGAUCUGCCUUGAAUGCAUUCAGUCAGCUGAGCCUUACUGUGGCAAUUUCAGUUCUGAGUAUUUGUCUUUGUAUUACUUAUGGAUAAAUAUAGCAAAAUGUUUUGAUGGCAGUUCAGAUGUUAAAAUGGAGAAAUUGCAGACAUUGAACAAGGGAUACCCAGAGUAGAUCACGGUGUUUUGCCUUUCAUUUAUCAAACACUUUAUUAAACUAUAUCUAUUUCAUUGCUGUCUGCUAUAAAAGGGAGGGAAUUUACUUUUUCAGGCAAGUUUAAGUAUACACUAUAGUUACAGAGACUGUGUAAAAUACUUGCUGUUAAUAGAAAAUAGUAAUAAAAAGGAAACCCAAAAUGCUGGUAAUCAAAUCAAAACAGAUGAUAUUGAAAAUGCACAAGCGGUUUUGGUUAUCUGAGUGAAGUUAAUAUAUAAGGUGGGGGCCAUUCAUCAGUACCAACAAAAUAUCAAGUACCAAUUAUAUACAAAAUUAUUUUGAGAUUUUUUAGUUAUUAUAUUUCCAUGUGGUAACAUUGCACAUCAAUCCUAUUAUUUGCCGUAUGUUUUUCUACUUGAUUUUCAGAUAUUUAAACAUGUGACCUUUUUUUGCCAGGUGCUUUCAGAGUAAUUUGGUGCACAAUUGUGAUGAAUCUUAUUUUACUUUACCAAUUUUUUUUUAAUAAAGCUGUUGUUGAGGAUAUUUCAGCAAGAGAAUUAAAGAGUUGCAUUUGAAAUUAUGUUAGUUAAAUUGCUGGACAACAUCUCUUGCUGUUGAAAAUUUUAAGUCUUAUUUAAAAUGUCAUUUUAACCAAUUAUUUUAUCUGAGAAUCUCUGGCAACAAAUCUUGUCUUUUGAUGAUUCUUAAUGGUAUAGUGCCACAAAACUGUAAAAUUGCUGAUAGUUAUUUUAAACUUAGGCUCAAGGGCACAUCAUUGAUACAAUCAUAUUUCAAUAAAUUAAAGAAUUCACACUAGUUUGAGCACAAUAUCUGAAAGUAUCAGGUCCUUAAGCUUAUUAAAAAGGAAUAACAAAACGCUCCUCCGUUGGAGUCCUGAGUUGACUUGGAUUCUUAAAUUUUAUUUUCCCUAAGCCUCAUUCUCUUUCUCUCUCUCUCUCUCCACCCUCCUCCUCCUCCUCACUUCACCCCUGACACCCACAAAAUAAAUGGAUAGAUUUUCCAUCUGCUGCCCUGGUAUGAAGCUGACAUUGCAUUUUGACAAUUUGAGAAAGAAAUUGCUUGACUUUCGUUCCAUGUUUCAAUUGUUCUACGACUCCAGCAUCAACGACCAAGCAGCAAGUUGCAAAUCUACCCCGCCGUCUCUCUUUAGGGUAUGAGUUGAACAGAUUUUAAUGGGUUGAAUCACUUCUGAAAGGAAACACAGCAUGUGCACAUGUUUAACUAUAGUCCCACCCUUGUUUAGUUUUGUAUUUUGAUUAUCACAAAAAAAUCAUACAGAGGGGACUGAAUAUAAACCUGGUGAUUAGUAAAAAUAUGUUUGAGCAUCUAAAAAUCUGACACUGUUGCAAAACUGGGUUAAGCAUUGUGAUGGUUAUCACAUUUGUUUGAGUUCUAAUUUUUGGGAGGUUGGAUAAGAAAGAAACCCAUUAUGCCUUUGAUUUGUGUGAAAAUGUUGUGCUUUUAAAGCUAGGUUAAUUUGUAUUUAUUUUUCUUGCCUUCUCUUGCUAUUCAUAAAUUUGGCGAAGGUUAUUUUGCUUUCUCAUCCAUAUUGAGCAUAUAUGAUGUGGAAGAAUACAGUUACAGAUGAUGAUUCUGAACAUGUGGAGAUCUGUGACUUCAUUCGGAGAUCUGUGACUUCAUUCUGAAGAGUCAAGUGGAAUAACUGAUGCAGUGAACUUUUAGCGCAUGAAUUGUGUUGCAAUGUUGUGGCCUUAGAUUUUGUUUUUAAACGUACUGGCAAUGAAGACUUGUUCUCUGGUUAAGAUUUCAUUUGACAAAUCUGCAAUAAAUGGAUUUUGUUACAACUUCAA